AUGGCGGACGCCGCGCCGCACGUAAACACGUUACGAAAGCGCGCGGAACAGAAGGCGCUGGAUUCGCGCUCCAUUACAGCGCCCGCGCCUCGCCGUCAAUAUGGCGGCCGCCCGUCCGAGUCAACGGCCUCCAACGGGCUUGCGCAACACCGCACGCGAAUCUCGACGGCGAAACAACAGUCUUGGACUUGGCUGUAUCGGCGGGCGGUUCAAGGAGGGCCCUGCUCGGCUCGCAAAGGGCCGCGUGCGCGUCACGCGCCGCCAUUGACCCACUUAGACAUACCAAACUCGCGCGCACAACGUAUACUCGCCGACGAAAGCCAUACGCUCCAACGCUCGUCACCGGGCCUCGAUCGCCACAGUUGUUUGUGGCGCACAUCUCAAGGCGACGUUGGCUCUGCCGCAAAUAAUUCUGCUAUUGUGAAACCACGCGUCUUAUCAGCCGCCCAGGACCUUGGCUGGAUCACACGAAAUACGGUCAAGUUGACGAUUUCG